AUGGCUACAGCUUCCGUCACGAACGACCUGCAAACCCCCAUUGAAGUGAAGCUUCAAAGUGGGGAGUGGCGGGUCGUGUAUCCCCAGAAGUCUUGCGAUGUCGAAGUGUGCGGGGAGGCAUCGAUGACUUCAGUGGAAGUUCGUUUGCGAGAAAGCCCAGAGGUGAAAGGCAGCUGCCAAGCAGCCAGCGGCUCCUCGCUACGGGCCUCCGUGGACUUCGAAGCUUUCAGCCGGCAAGCGAAGGGCCGCGACCGAGCCGAGACCCGGGAGCUGGCCCGUGAGGCAAAGCGAAGGCAAGAAGCCCAGAAGCGGACAGAAGCAAUGAUCGAGGAGGCUGCCGCCAAGAAGCGGGACGGAGAAGCGUGGUUCGUGACGAUGUUUCUUGUGGCUUUAGUCGCCUUCCCCUUCACCCUCCUUGUUGUUUGCGCGGCCAUUCGACCCGACAGCGCGGUUGCUGCUGCGCUACUGGCCAGCGCCACGGUACCCUUCUUGUGUUGGAUCGGCGGUAUGAUAGGUCUCUUUGGGCUAAGCAUGGACGAAGUUGCCCGCUUUCAAUUUGCAAAAUAUGAGCCGUUCGUGCGCUUUGGCCUCCGUCUGGUGGGGCUCCUUGCUCUGCUUAGCCUUGCAGCGAUGACGGCCCAGCACGUCCUGCAAGGAUACUGGUGGACCGCAUUUAUUGUUUGGUCUGCGGUAAUUCUUCUUGGCUUCUGUGUGGUUGCUUGCGGCUUCCCGGAAUCGAAGCUGGACGCUAAUAACAAAGGCAUCCUAGAAAGCGAGCUGAAGGCCGCGGCAGGUGAUGUGAGCAACCGAAGUAUCCGCUUCGAAGGAAGCGUCAUCCGUGAACAUGGCCGGCCCUGCGUGGCCAGCUGGCCAGGGAAGUACGAAGGGGCGUGGGAAGCCCUCGUGUCGCAGGGCCGGAACGGCCAGGUCAGUGCAGCAGUGGUCUUCCUCCCUCAGGGCACGGACGACUACGGCAAAUGCGACAGCAUCCCGGAAGCUGAAGGCUUGCCCGGCACCUGCUGGUGCACACCCCUCUACGGUGAGCAGAAGCCAUGGGGGUGUAGGUGGUUCACUAAGUGGAGGGAGAACAUUGAAGCAGCAGUCGAAUCCGGCGCAGAGCUGGAGGUGUACUACUUCCAGGGUCAAGUUGGCAAAGGCAAGGUGAAGAGCUUCGACACGGCAGGCGACGACAACCUCCAGAGGGAAGAGUUGAACAAGAAACAGAAAGACUUCGAGCAGUCUCCCGAGUUCGAGCAGGCGCUGGAUGCAGGUCUCAGCAACCUCUCCAAGGAGCAGCGUGGCGACGGAUCCUCCCAGUACAGCCGCGAAGCCCGCCGUUUGUUCCUCGCUUCCCUCUCGGAGGCAGAGCGUCAGUUUCUUGCAGCCACAGAGGGCCUGGGCAACUCCCAGAAAGCCGAGGUCGCUUGGCUGGAAAAGAAGGGCUACGCGUACUGGGAGGUGGACGUCUCCACGUGGCUCCCGGGAGACGGAGUUGAGAGAUACGUCCCCGCAGCUGCCGAACAGCCCCAAGUGCUCGGCCGGAAGGACGACGCAUCACCAAUUUCAAUUCCGAUCGCCACAGAUGCACUUGGAGGGGCAGGAGACUUAGUAAGUCCGUUAUAA